CUGUUGUUGGCCGACCCCAGGGUGGGUGCGGGGGCCCUCAGUCUCCCGGGCGGCUCACUGUCAGCCAGGUGUGUGUGUGUGUGGACCAGUUGUCUCGCAGUCAGGUGUGUUGACUAGUAGCCUUGCUGCCUCACAGUCAGCCAGGUGUGUAGACUGAUAGCCCCGCUGCCUCACAGUCAGCCAGGUGUGUUGACUAGUAGCCCUGCUGCCUCACAGUCAGCCAGAAUGAGUUUAAGGCCAGUAUCACAUGCAGAACUAUAGUCUAAUGCUUGAAUAACUAUGUCAAGGAAACCAAGGCAGUUGAAGAAGAAGAAGAAGACAGAGAGAAACAAUAAUUAUCCUACAAUAUGUAGCGAUAUAACAGUCAACGAUUUUGCCAACAAUGAAAUUCAGACGAGAUUCCGCCCAAAGAAGGCAUCGAUCAACACACUUAUGAAUGAAGUAAAACUGCUGCAAGUAAAGGAAGAGGACAAAACAUGGGAUGAAAAAGAUGACGACGAACUUCUUUCUGAUCUGACUGAAGACAAUUUUCCAGGACAAAAAGGAGAGCAGAGUAGAGGAGGAGAGAGAAAAACGAACAAGUCAGAUGGUGAUGAAGGUGCAAACUAUCCAUUAGACAUUUGGUUUAUCAUAAGUGAACAUAUUGCCCCAGAGGAUGUGGGAAGGUUUGCUGCCAUCUGCCAGGCCACCUACUAUAUCACCACAACCGCUAUAUUCUGGUUUACUCUAUAUAGAAGGCACUAUAAGUGGGUUUCUGAUCUCCCAGCACAUCUGACACACUGGAACAUGAAUUACACAAAAGGCCUAAGAGCAGCAGUUGUUCAAUCUUUGUAUUUUAUGUAUUCUCCGUUCUCUUCUCGCUUAGUAGGAGAAAAACCUCUAAGUGCCGACCCUACUCAGCUGCUUCGAUCACAGUGUGUACUGCAAUGGCAUGUUAAAGUUGGCACACUAUUCAAAUAUUUUUUCAAGUUUGCUCACCCAAAGCAAAAUAAGGACUAUAUAAAAUAUAACAAAGAAAAUAAUUGGAGAAAAGAUGCCUUGGUCACCUUUAAUCCUGAAGAUGGCUGCUACAUCCUAGAGGCUACAACUAGUUCGGUGUGUGGAAUACCCAUGAUAAUUGGCGAGUACCUCUACCAUGCUGGAUUAGGGGUAUCAACCAACAUGUGUAAUCACCGUCUACGUCUUUCCAUGGUACCUGCACACCUCCUCUCAAGCUCUACCUCUUCCAAUUCUCGCAAGUAUCAAGUUCCAACAACAGAGGUUAUAUUGGACCCAGUGAGUGAUGUUAAGGUGUACCCUUGGUGGCAUCCUCGAUACUAUAAAUGUGGAUUUAAUACAAACACCAGCUAGCAUUGACAUUAUUGGCGUUGCAUCAGCUAUCACAUGUUCAUAUCACACUCGGCUGUCACACCAACCAUAAGAUUGGUGUGGUAGGUGGGGGCAACGAGGGUACAUGGUUGGUGGGUGUGACGAGGACACGUGGUUGGUGUGGUAGGUGGUUGAGAUGAGGUCACGUGGUAGGUGGGUGUGACGAGGACACGUAGCAUAAAUACCCAACUGUUACAGCAACCACGUGUCCUCAUCGUACCCGCCUGCCACGUGUCCUUAUCGCACCCGCCUACCACGUGUCCUCAUCGCACCCACCUACCACAAGAUCGGUGUAGUAAAUGGGUGCGACGAGGACAUGCGGUUAGUGUGGCGGCUAGGUGUGAUGACUUGUGUCCGUAUCACACCAAGCAACCACGUGUCCUAGAGGCACCCACCAACCACGUGUCCUCAUCGCACCCAGCCACCAUCAAGAAAAGUUUGAGUGGUUGUGCUGUGUGCCAUUGUAAUAUUUAUUGUCUAAUCAAUAUUGAAAUCUUUUCUGAAUUUGAUUGCAUGUGAAUGAAUUAUGUAGGACCCUGUCCUGUAUAGUAUGGGUUAUUACAGUAAAUACAGUACAUUUGAUUGUUGUGGGGUUUCAUUCAAUCUUCCAUGUUUUCCAUCAGUUACAGUAUGCCAAAUAUUUUAUCUACCAUUGUCUGAAAAAUUAUGUAAUAUAGUAAUUUAAAGUACUCGGUAUUUGUUUUCAUUUGUGGCAGAGGGAUUGAAGAAUAGAGGUCAGCCCUUCCUCCAAUGCUCACAGAUCUCACAGAAUUUCUGCCCGAAACGCUGUGCGUACUAGUGGCUUUACAAGAAUGUAUAUACUGUACUAUCCAAUGUAUUCUCACAAACCCAAUAUACCUUCUUGUAUAUAUAUAAAUAAAUAAAUAAAAAUAAAUCAAUAUUAUAUUGUGUAAAGAAUACAAAUAUUGUAUAUCAUUUAGAUAAUCAAGAACAAGACAAAUAUACAAGUGAAAUGAGGUCUUCCACGUAGCACACCGACAACAACACUAUUUAUCACUCCAGCAAUUCCUGUGAUAAAUGAUUAAAGUGUUUUUCUACUCUAUUGUAAUGGGAACCCUAAUGAUUCUUUUCAAUAAAUUGACUAGUCAUCUUUCUCUUGAAGAUGUUAAUUUAGUAUUGAGAAUGCCUCUACGUAUUGACUUUAAACGCAUUUACAUGACACUAUUUGUAUGUUCCGAGCAGGACAGAAAUGGUUGGGCAUGUUUCCUGUCACCUAGGAUUAAAUAGGUACCCAUGUAUUAGCUUGUUGUGGGGAUGCAUCAGUAGUUUAACCUUGGGAUGAUUUCAAUAUAAGCCUAAUAAAUAUAUAUACACACUGGCUGCCUGUCCCCCCCACAAAAUGAAUUAUUACUGCAAUAUUACUAAAAGUAACCAUUUUAUUAUUGGGCAAUGUAGCUAAACAAGAAAAAUUUAUUCCAUGAGAGACCCUGAUUUCUAAUUGUAUUUACUUUAAAUAUACAGUACUCAUGCAAGAUGAGAGAACUAUGUUUAUUACUAACAUUGAGCAAUACUAUACAGCCCCUGUAGGAAGAUAUUUUAGUCAUAUUACAUAAAAAUAUUAUAGAAUGCAGUACCUCAUAUACUAACAAUGAAAUUAUAAGUGAAGUUUAUUCAAUUUCAUUGCUGGCAAAGUUGUCAUGUCGCCCUUCCGCACUACACUCGUCCACCAAAACUCACACCACCACCACCACCACCUGCAGGCCAGGCUGCAAGAGUAGAACAACUUUUAUAACUGACCACCUACACUUCAACCCACAUAUAGGGAAUUGGAGGAGGGGGGGGGUGAAAUGUUGUAUUUUUAAGAAUAUAUUGUUUGACUCAGUCAUUUCAGAAUAUUUAAUAAUACAAUAUUACUGUAUUGUUUAUAUUGAGUGAUAAGCCCAAGAUAUUAUCCUCAGCUAGCUGUGAUAACAAAAUAGGUUUUAAUAUGUAGAGGACAGUAUUUUUAACAAGGAAAUUGAAUGAUACAAUUGUUGUUAAGUAUGUCAUUAAAUCAUGAGGUGUAAUAUUGUGUGUGGAAGUCUGCCUAUAGCUGUCUUUAAUAAUAAAUUUUGGUAUUAAAAUAUUGCACAAAUGUAUUUUAUGUGUACAAAUAAAUAUAAUUUGUU